AUGUCGAAUUCACUUCCAAAGCUCGUGGAUUUUUCGACUCCAAGAGAAACAUUUCUGAUGGGAAUUGAGCUUAUGCUCAAAAACUUUAUCACGAAAAAAGAAAACCAGUUUGAUUUCCCAUCUACAUUAUCGGAAGACGAAAGAGUCAUGGUGAAAGAUGUUGCAUCUAAACUGGGACUGAAAUUUAAAACGAGCGGCAAAGGCUUGGACACUCAAAUAAUUGUUUUUAAAAGUGAAGAUCAAUUAGUCUUAUAUGAACAUCCAAUGUUGUUAACACGAAAUCGUUCAAGGCAUGUCAUAAUGAAAAUUUUGGAAACUUUGAAAGAAAUGAAAGUUUCUUUAUCAUCAUUUUAUUGCUUACGUAUCGCAAAUAUCAACGUAAACUUCCUUCCAUUCAGUUUUGUUGUGAUCGGAAAUAUUUCUAAUCGAUCCAAAAAUCAAAUUUCCGUUCCUCCAACAAAUAUAAAUUUCUCACGUUUUGAAAGUCGUCAACGUUUACCAAUUUUCCAAUAUCGAAACAACAUUUUAAACUUUAUUGCAAAUCAUCAAAUCGUUAUCAUCGAAAGUUCAACUGGAUAUGGAAAAUCAACACAAAUCCCUCAAUAUGUCUUGGAAGAAUAUAACAAAAUGAACAAGCCAUGUCGUAUUAUUGUUGCUGAACCUAAAAGCAUUUGUGUAACAACAUUGGCUAAACGAAUCAGUUUUGAACGUGGAGAAUCACUCGGAACUACAGUCGGUUAUCAAAUCAGACUUGAAUCGAAGAUUGCACCAACUUCAAACUUAAUCUUUGUCAAGAGCAACUCCGUCAUAAGAAUUUUAAUGAGCGAGAAACCUGAAGAGUUCUUCCAAAACAUCUCAAUGUUAAUUAUUGACGAGGUUCAAACACGAGACGUAUUUUGUGAUUUUCUUUUGCUUUGUGUCAAGGAAAACUUGCAUUUAUAUCCUCAUUUGAAAGUUAUCAUUCUAUCAUCAACUGCUGCAGCAAAUAAAAGUAAUUUGAGCAGUUAUUUUGAUCAAUGUCCAAUUGUUAAACUGCCAGAAAUACCAAAAAAUAUCAAAGAAUUCUUUUUGGAAGAUAUUUUAAAGGAAAUCAACUUUGAAGUUCCUCAAGACGUCUCUGCAUGUGUUCCUGGUUUAGUGAAGGAUUUUUCUGAUGAUAUGAAGAAAAAAGUUGACAAUUUGUUGAUAAAAAUGACUUCUGGUGAUGAAUUUGAAAGCGCAUUUCUUGAAUUUUGCUACAUCGUUGAAACAAAGAAUGUUCCCGUUGAUUAUCGAUGCAUUGAAAGUCACAAAACUCCUUUGAUGAUUGCAGUUGAAGGAAAUUUAGAAGAACAAGUCGUCAUGCUUUUAAAACUCCAAGCCAAUAUUUUAUUAACAAUCAAAAUGAACGAACGUGAAAUGACAGUUUAUGACAUUGCAGUCGCCAAGAAGAAUGAGAAGAUUCAAAAGAUUUUAAUGAAUUAUACACGAGGACAAUUUCAAGAAAUGCUUUUUGAUGACAUGAAAAGUUCACCUCAAGAUCGGAUGCUUUUGAAUUGUUAUUACAAGAGUUUAAUGCAGCCAGGAGUUUAUCUUGAGAAUGUCAUCGACUUUAAAUUGUUAACAAAAGUUAUCAGCAAUUUGCACUUCAAUACACCAAGAGACGAAACUUUUCUGGUUUUUCUGCCUGAUCUUGAUGACAUCGUUCACCUCUCAAACAAUCUCUUCAGUGCUCUUGAUACAAACUACGAAAUCUUCAUUUUAAACAAUCGAACUCAGAACAAUCAUCAACUUGAUGUCUUCAGUGAUCUUCCAAAACAUAUUCGUAAAAUUAUUCUUGCUACAAACAUUGCCGAGUCGAGUAUCAUCGUCAAUAAUGUGACUUACGUCAUUGACAGUGGACGACAGAAACAGAAAACCUUCAAUCCAAUAAAUCGCAUUUCAAGUUCAGAGACCAAAUGGAUUGACAAAGAAUCAGCUGAACAACGUAAGAAACGAGCUACUGGGAAAGAAAAUCGAACUGGCGUCGUUUAUCGCUUUUACUCUCGUGAUUGCUUCAAAUAUUUUGCUAAUCACUCAAAAUUGGAAAUUUUAAGAUGCGACUUAAGUAACAUUUGUUUGAAAGCUGCAAUGGUUUUGAAGUCUGACGGGAAAAUUGCUGAAUUCUUAUCUAAAGCAAUUGAUCCACCAUCAAGUUAUGCAAUUUCUCACAUCAUUCAAUUUUUACAUCUUUCUGAAGCUUUACAAUAUAACGAGAAACUCACUGAACUUGGCUUCUAUCUUGCAGACAUUCAAAUUAACACAAAACAUGCCAAAAUGAUUAUUUAUGGAAUUUUAUUCAAAUGUUUAGAUCCAGUCUUGACCAUUGUUAGUAUUCUCGCUGCUGGCGAUCCAUUCUCAGCAACUGUUUGUGAGGAUGAUCGCAAGAAAUGUCAAAAGUUGAAGGAAGAAAUUGACGAUGGAACAUUUUCAGAUCACUUUGUGUUGUUGAGAAUAUUUCAGAAGUGGAACGAAUACAUCACGACCAAUAAAUUUGAUGACAACUUUUGUGAUGAAAAUUUCGUUAAUUCUGGCACAAUGUUUCGUGUAAUGGACAUUCGACAAAAGAUUCUUGGAUAUUUACGAUCAAUGAAGCUCGUUCACAGUGUUGGAAAUCUUUCAGCUUACAAUCAGUAUUCAUGCAACUAUUCGAUGAUUAAAAUGUGCAUUGUUGCUGGUUCAUAUCCUGACAUUGCACGUGUAAUUAAAGAAACAGGAGAAAUCGUCACAAAAUUCGGUGACAAAGUUUCCAUUGACCCAGGAAGUGUUGUAAAACCAGGAAAUGCUGGAAAGGAUCAAUUAUUAACUCAAUGGAUGAUCUUCGAAGAGAAAAAUCGAAAUGGAGAAGAAACUUCAGCAAAGAUUUGCACAUUGGCAACUGAUUUGAGUGUCAUUUUUGCAUGUGGUUAUGGUGCGAUGGUUCAUUCCGACAGUUUCUUCGAUGAUAAGGAAAAGGAUCCAAAUGAAAUUGUUGAAAUUAAAAUUGAUAAUUUCAUCAAGUUUUCAGCUGAAAUGGGAUUCGCAUUGGGAUUAUGGAACAUCCGUAAAAGAGUUAACGUUUUGAUGGAUCGCUUCUUAUCCAAUCCAGAAAAAUUUAAGAUCCGUGAAGAAGACGAAGUCUUAAUUCAUGGAAUUGCUACGUUGUUGCAACUUGAAGAUGAAGAUGCUGGAUUUAAAUUUAUUCACGAUGGAAUUUCUGCACGUCCAAGAGUUGUCACAUGCAGUUCAAUUGCUUAA